AUGGAUCGCAGAGAUCCAAUGAACUCGGCCUGGACCGAGUCGGAGGUGUCGACACGCAAGAACUCGAUGGAAUGGCAAACAUCAAGGCCAAACUCUCCCAAGCUGGCACCGCUGGACAUGCAGUUCGACAAGGGCAAGGCGAACGAGAAGGACGGUUAUUCCACAUCCAUCACACCGAUCGUCGAGAAGGGCGCCGCGCCCGCCCACGACCACGGCCAUGGCCACAUCGACAUCAACGACCCGAACCGGCCGAGGAUGGCAUUCAAGGCGCGUCUGCACCACUUCACAUGGGCGUGGUACACGCUCACCAUGAGCACGGGAGGUCUCUCGCUCCUCAUCUUCGCCCAACCGCACCAGUUCCCCGGACUGAGACAAAUCGGUACCGUCGUCUACGUCGUCAACAUCAUCCUCUUCGUUCUUGUCUGCUCCGCCAUGCUGGCGAGAUUCUUCCUGUACCCCGGCGACUUCAAGAAGUCAUUGACCCACGAGAGAGAAGGCUUCUUCUUCCCGACCUUCUUCCUGUCCCUUGCAACGCUCAUCACCAGCACGAACCGAUACGCCAUUCCCGAAAACGAUGAGACCCUGGUCUGGGCCGUUCAAGUGGCCUUCUGGGGCUACCUCGUCGUCACGCUCAUGGUGGCCAUCGGCCAGUACAGCUACGUCUUCGCCAAGCACAACUUUGGUCUUCAGACCAUGAUGCCGACCUGGAUUCUUCCCAUCUUCCCCAUCAUGCUUACCGGUACCAUCGCCUCCGUCAUCGCCGACACCCAGCCUGAGAUUGCGGCUGUUCCCAUCGUCGUCGCCGGCCUCACUUGCCAGGGUCUGGGUCUGUCCGUCGCCGUCCUCAUGUACGCACAUAUGGUCGGCCGUCUCAUGUCCGCAGGCCUGCCUAACCGCGAGCAUCGCCCCGGUCUGUUCAUGAACGUCGGCCCUCCGGCUUUCACUGCCCUCGCCCUCAUCGGCAUGGCCAACGGCCUGCCCAACAACCUCGACCCCGACCAUGACGGCAUCAUUAUCGACGCCGGCGUUAUCAGGACCAUCGCCCUCAUGAGCGCCAUCUUCCUCUGGGCUCUGGCCGCUUGGUGGUUCGGCAUUGCCAUCAUCGCCGUCAUCUCGUCGCCGCCCGUCUACUUCCACUUGGGAUGGUGGGCCAUGGUUUUCCCCAACACCGGCUUCACUCUGGCAACAAUCUCCAUCGGCAACCAGCUCGGCAACCAAGCUGUACUAUGGUUCGCGACGGGCAUGAGUGUGUGCCUCCUCGGCGCCUACUUCUACGUCCUUUACCACCACGUCAGAGCAGUCCUCAUCCAAGACAUCAUGUACACCAUGAGAGACGAGGACUUCAACGACCACUAA